AUUUUUCACUGGGCAAAAAAAAAUUGAGAACCGCUACGACUCCAAUUCCGUCUGCAACUGACUUCCAAAGUGAACUUAAAAUGACGGGAGAAGCUAAAUCUGGCUGGGAAUUUGAUAAAUUUGAUGACGGCUCUUUGAAAAUUGUUGGUGAGGUUCAACUGAGGAAGUAUGGGAAGUUCCUUGAAGAGUAUGCUAGUCAGUUAAAAGGAAUUGAAGAUGCCUUGGAUGACUCCAUAGGGGAUGUGUGGGAUUUCACUCUCGAUCCCAUCUCAUUACAAUAUCUACCAUGUGAACAGACCUCCUUGCUGGAUCUCAUCAAGACUGACAACAAGGAAUAUAUCUUCAACAAAGUCAUAACGGUAUUUGCGUCUCUCUGCUGUGAGGUGGAACAACUGAAAUAUGAGGCCCAACACAAGUUUUACCCUGCACUUAUAUUCUAUGGAGAAGGGGAACCUGAAUCAGGUUUGGAGGAAGGUGAGGCUCAGGUUCAGAUGGGACGUCUUAUGCCAUUCUUACAGGAGUUGUCUUGCUAUGUGAAUCGCUGCUAUGAGGUUGUUAAGAACAUGGUGGAUCAACUUGCUGCUUUGUACAACAAUGCAAAGACUGCACCAAAGAUCAUUGAUGUUACUCAUGUGCAUUUUCUUACUACAUAUGAGUACCUUGGCGAGCUCCUCCGUAUCUUGAUCACACUAGAUGAAAUUGUUGCCAAUCAAGCAACGCUCAGGGAUCACUGGACACUCUAUAAGAGAAUGUUAAAAUCUGUGCAUCACAACCCACAGAGGUUUGGUAUGGAGGAAUCCAAGCUGAGGCCGUUUGAGAAGCUUCUCAUGGGACUUCAAGGACAACUCUUAGAUGGCAUGAUAUUUCAGAACUGUGUUGAGCAGAACUUUGAUGACUGCGGAGUGACUGUGUCCAAGAAUACCUACUUUGCAGAAGAAUUUGCCUACAACAUCAGAACUAUGUUUGCCAAUACUGAACCUAGGAUCGGUGAGGUGAAUGAGACAGACCAAAGACUGAAGUAUGUUGGUAUAUGUGGUCUCUAUGUACUUCACUAUCAGAUCUUCAGAGUCAUAGACAAGAAGGUCUUCAAAUCACUCUGGGAUGUCUACAAAAAGAUUCCAGCUAUCACAUUGACAGCGAACAUUGUAUGGUCAGCCAAUCAGUUCUUACUCAAGAGUCUAUCGCCUCACGUAGCUAGAUUGAUCGACAGGAAAGCCCAGCACCAUGUUCUUCAACAAACCAGCUUGUUCUUACAACAGAAGAGCCAAAACCUACUCAAGGAGGUUCAAGUGUAUUACAUGCAGGUCUGUUCUUGGAUGGUUCGUAUGGAAUCUAGUCUUACUCAAGCCAAUACUGUCAUUGAAGACCUAACUCACAAGUGCACUCUCUUCAUACAUGGGUUACUGUUCGCCUACAAUAUCAGCAACCUUGUUCACACUGUGAUGAAUCUUCAUGCACAUAUGAACAAACCCAUGACUAAAACAGCCGUCCUUGCUCUGUGUAGACUCAUUGAGAUGCUCAAGAGCAUUGAGCACACCUUCCACCGUCGUACCAUGCUUGUAGCAGAGUCUGUUACUCACAUCAUUCAACAUCUUCAGUUCAUGGCCUUGGCCUCCGUCAACACAGCAAAGAAACGUAUCAUCUCUGACAAGAAGUAUAGUGAGAAGAGAUUGGAUGCUCUGUCUGCCUUGGUGCUAGUGGAGAAUGCCCUCAAUGGACCAUCAACCAAAGAGAGAAGAUUGAUUGCCAAUCUUGCCCUUGCUGUAGGCACUCAAAUGAAAUGUUUCAAAGAAGAUGAGCUUGUGUCUUUCAAGAGUUUAAUGAACAAGCUUGCUGCAAUAAGUGACCUCAGAACAAGAUUGAGAGAGGCGUGUAAUUGUAGCUUUCUCUACUGGCAUCGAGUAGUCUUCCCUCUAUACCUGGCUGAUAGGUUUGAGAAUGCAGUGGAUGCUCACAGGUUACAUUACAUGAUGGGUGCCUUAGCAGACUGUGUAGCACCCAUGAAGCAGACGAGACAUCUAGAUACUACUGAAGUGCUAUUGGAUUGCUUUGAUAGGGAAAUCAAUGGACAACUAAAAGAGCAUCUGCUUGAACCACUGUGCCGUGCUGUUGAGACUGACCUUCGUCUCUCAAUACACAACCAUCUUCAACUGGAUGACAGGAAUCCUUUCAAGGUCACUCUCAAGGACAUAUCACACUUCCUCAAGAUGAAACCUAUCAGGUUCUUCAACUACUUCAUUGAUAUCAAAGCCUAUGUAACACACUACCUGGACAAGACCUUCUACAAUCUAACCACCGUGGCACUUCAUGACUGGAAAACCUAUGCUGAGAUGCGCAACUUGGCAUCACAGAAAUACGGUCUGCAGAUGACAGAGGCCCACCUACCUACACAGACACUAGAACAAGGUCUUGAUGUGUUGGAGAUCAUGAGGAAUAUACAUAUAUUUGUGUCAAAGUAUCUCUACAAUGUCAACAAUCAGAUCUUUGUUGAACGAUCCAGCAAUAAUAAGCAUCUGAACACCAUCAACAUCCGUCACAUUGCCAACUCAAUCCGAACCCACGGGACAGGGAUCAUGAAUACCACCGUCAACUUCACCUAUCAGUUCCUGCGCAAGAAGUUCUUCAUCUUCUCUCAGUUCAUGUAUGAUGAACACAUCAAGUCAAAGCUCAUCAAGGACUUGAGAUACUUCAGAGAGAACAAGCAGGAGAUGAAUCAGAUGUACCCGUUUGAUCGUGCGGACAAGUUCAACAAGGGCAUCAGGAAACUCGGUCUGACACCAGAGGGCGACAGCUAUCUUGAUCAGUUCAGGAACCUUCUCAGUCAGAUUGGUAAUGCAAUGGGAUACAUCCGAAUGAUCAGAUCAGGAGGGCUAAGAUGCUGCAGCAAUGCUAUCAGGUUUGUACCAGACCUAGAGGACAUUGUGAGCUUUGAAGAGCUGGUUGGGGAAGAAAAGCUCUCCAGUGAAGUCACACAAGCUGCAAGUAACCUUGACAAUGUCAUCGGAAACCUGACAAAGAACUUUGCUGAGGGAACAGAGUAUUUCAAGAUGUUGGUGGAUGUGUUCUCACCGGAGUUCAGGAACCCUAAGAAUAUGCAUCUCAGAAACUUCUACACCAUCCUACCUGCUUUGACACUCAACUUUGUAGAGUACUCUGUGAGUGCCAAGGAGAAGUUGAAUAAGAAGAACAAGAUUGGAGCAGCUUUCACAGACGAUGGAUUUGCCAUGGGUGUGGCAUACAUCCUGAAGCUGUUGGAUCAGUACCAGGAGUUUGAUUCCCUUCACUGGUUCCACUCGGUCAAGUUCAAAUACAACAAAGAUAAGGAAGCAGUAAGGAAACAGAUGGGAGGAGAUGAGAAGUUACAGAACACAGCACAACUCACUAUCAAGAGAUUGGAUACAUACCAAAGGGAGUUUGAUUUACUGUACUACAGUCUUAGCAGUGCAAGGAUCUUCUUCAGAGCGGAUAAGACAGCUGCAGAGGAACAGGAAGAGAAGGAGGAGAAGGAAGAGAGAGAAAACAAAGCCAUAGAGGGUGCCCCUCAAGAGAGACCAGCCUUACCUGCACCAGCAAUGAACAACACACCAGCUAUCCAAGCACCACCGAGCUCCAACCUCCCUGCCAUCAUGGCCAGCUAGGCAACUUAACAUCUGUGGCUGUAAACCAAAGCUUAGCAAUCAUCUUUACCAUUUUAAACGAUUGAUUGCAUCGACAGUAAUGUACAAUUAAUUGUGAACAUGAAGCGGAUAGUUGAUUGUUAAUCUUUGUGUUAUGGGCCCUGCUUCUAGGCACCUAACAUACCAACUCGAAAAUAGAGUGCUUCAUGAUGGCAUUACAUCAUUAAGCACUAUACGAAAGUUGAAUAUUAUAGUUAUUUUUACUAUAAUUAUAUUAAGAUUUUGAUGUGUGAUAGGGAAUUCACUCCCUCAAAAAGGAAUAAUAGAUACUCUGUAAUAAAAUUGAAAAGAAGUUCACACAGAAUCAUUCAGAGUUAAUGAUAUUGUGCUAUUUUCUCUCCAGAUAAUUACACAUUAUUGUAUUACCAUUACUUGGUAAAAGGUGAAACCACUGUAUUUUGUGUUAAAAACAGAUCCCAGCAAUGCUUUAACCAAUACGUUGUAUUGUUGUGAUUGCAUUUAUUUCUUGAUAUUUUACCUUUCGUUGGAAGAAAACUUGAUAUAUUAUGCUUGAUUUCACCUUUUCUCUGUAGAUGCUAUAUGACUGAUGAAAUAAGUUAUCAUUUUAUGCUAGGAAAGAAAAAAAAUAUUCAAUCAUUCAUGCCUUGAGAAUUUAAGUGCACCUAAAUUGUACCUCAUGAACAGACAUUAUUCAAUUCAGAUCUAUGCUUGGUAGUUUACAAUACUUAUGUCAAUGUCAUGUCUUUUCUUUAUGCGAAUAAUUUGUGAAAAUAACAUUCCUUUGUAUGCCUUUGCCCCACUCAGGUGUUCUAGGCAAUAUGUUUUGGGGUUGUCUGUCCGUCCGUUCCAUUUCUGUUCUCGCGACAACUAAUAAACCAUUCAAGGUUUCGGCUCAACUUCAAAUUUAGUUCAUUUAUGCAUGUGGGAGUGAAUUUGAUCUGAAUAGAUUUAGGGGUCACAAGGUCGAAGGUCACAGGGGUUAAUGUUUGAAUAUUUUAAGUUGGGUAAUGUCAUGGAGGUAAAUAGAAAAAUUGAAGGUAAUAUCAUAUUGUUCUGGCGAAGGCAGAGACAUAAGUUUUGACUGUAUGCAGUCAAUAAGCCUUCAAGUUUACUGUUAAUUUUUUUUAUAAUGUGUUUGUUCUAUAACAAAUAUUCAUUAAGAUUUUUUUAGAACUGAAGUAAGCACUAAUGAAGAAAAAUUGUAUCAUGUAUUUAAAUUUGUGUUGUAAAAUGUUGUAAAUGUCACCAUUAUAUACAAAUCAAAUCUAAAAGAGAUAUAUAUACAUUGUUUUAUACUGUAGAAAAAAUGCAUGAAAUUAUAAUCUAAUCUAUAGAAUGCAUGGCAAAAAAAGUGUUAUUUAAUUGCAAUUGAGGCCAAAUUGAUUCUUUUACUCAGAAAUCUUUCAUACUAGCUUUAUAAAGCAAAGCAAAAAUCUUAUUUGAUCGGAGAUGUAAAAAUUGAACAUGGCCCUGGGAAGCAAUGAAGCACCCCAAGAUUAUCCUAGGGGGUGCUGUGUGUGUUAUUUUCCAUAGGCAGCCCUCCCCCCUCUGGAAUUUUGGCAGGUGUGGCAAAAUGGCGAAAGAUAACCAAAAAGACAUAAGUUUUUUAGUGAAACCCUUUUUUUUUUCUCGUCAAAUUUUCCGUGACUAAUGACCUCCAUUUUAUAGUGAAACCUUUUUUUUUUGGCUUGUCAAAUUUCUCUGGACCAAAAAUGACCUCCAUUUUGUGUAGUGAAACCUUUUUUUUUGGGGGGGGGGGGCUUUUCAAAUUUACAUAUGCUCCCCUGUUAUUAAAAAUUAUUCCCAGGCCCCGACAUUGAAGGACUGUGGACUAGUGGUUGUGAUCUUGCACUUUGAUCAGAGGGUCAGAUCACAGCUGAGGUGUUUUCUUCAGCUAGAAAUGGAUGCUAGUAUUACCCUGGUUUUAGCUUGGGCUACCACUUUGCAGUGUGGAUCUAUUGUAAUAUUAUUACAGGUACAAGUAUUAUCUUUUUUUGCUAAUCUUGAGCAAGAAAACUAAAAACUGAAGAUUAAUUGCAGAAUUUCUAUGUUUUGAACCAUUUUGCUCAUUCCAUCAUCCUUUUAUACUGUUUUACUAUUCCAUUUUAAGAAUCGGUAUAAUGGACAGUUUGAUCAAAGAAAAAUGAGAUCAUCAUACUACUCUAUUUCAGUCAGAUUUAAUAGAAUCUGUAUUUUUAAGGAUGAUCUUAUUAUAUGCUCGAAAUAAAGACAAGUGAAUGCAAUCAGAUUUAUAGUUUUUGUUAAUAUUCUUUUAUUACAUUUUCUGUACAAGUGUGCUGUAAUGAUGAGAAAUUCUCGAAAAAGUUUGCUUAUAGAUUGAAGUGUUUAGCAUCAACAAGGCAAUACGUAGAUAAAUUGAUAGGAAGAAUUUUAUUUCACAAAACCUGAAAACUUUUCAUCUAAACAACAGAUAAAGUUGCUUACAAAAACCUGUGAAAAACACUAUCUGUUUCAUGAAAUGCUUCAGUGAAUUCAAAUCAAGAUGACCAGAAUCAUGAAUUGCAUACCAAAAAUGGCCAUGGAUCUUGUCAAAGU